CAGCCCGGCCCCUAGGCCACGCCCCACGUGCCGCUGGGUCUCUGAUUGGGCAGAUCCGCGAAGGUGUGGCCGGAAGAGGCGAGGCUGACUGGCAGGCGUGUGGUGUCCCGGGAAACAUGGCGGAGAAGCCGAGGAAGCGUCCGUGUGGCCCUGGUGAACACGGCCAAAGGGUUGAAUGGCGAAAAUGGAAGCAGCAGAAGAAAGAGGAGAAGAAGAAGUGGAAGGACCUCAAGAUAAUGAAAAACCUGGAGCGGCAGCGUGCUCAGGAGGAACAGGCUAAGCGCCAGGAGGAGGAGGCUGCUGCGCAGAAGAGCAACCUAGGACGGCCUUACACUCUGAGCGUGGCCCUGCCAGGCUCCAUCCUGGACAACGCACAGUCGCCUGAGCUUCGCACCUACCUGGCUGGCCAGAUCGCCAGAGCCUGCACCAUCUUCUGUGUGGAUGAGAUUGUGGUGUUUGAUGAGGAAGGCCAAGAUACCAAAACUGUGGAAGGGGAAUUCAAGGGGGUUGGCAAGAAAGGGCAGGCAUGUGUGCAGCUGGCCCGCGUCCUGCAGUACCUGGAGUGUCCUCAGUACCUGAGAAAGGCGUUCUUCCCCAAACACCAGGAUCUGCAGUUUGCAGGGAUCCUCAAUCCCUUGGAUAGUCCUCAUCACAUGCGUCAGGAUGAGGACUCUGAGUUCCGAGAAGGCGUUGUGGUGGACCGGCCCACCAAGGCAGGCCAUGGCUCUCUGGUCAACUGUGGCAUGAAGAAGGAGGUGAAGAUUGACAAGAAACUGGAACCCGGACUUCGGGUGACCGUGCGACUGAACCAGCAGCAGCUCCCAGAAUGCAAGACAUACAAGGGAACAGUCGUGUCAUCGCAGGACCCCCGCACCAAAGCUGGCCUCUACUGGGGCUACACUGUUCGACUGGCCUCCUGUCUCAGUGCCGUGUUUGCUGAGGCUCCCUUCCAGGAUGGGUACGACCUGACCAUUGGGACAUCAGAACGAGGCUCCAGCGUGGCCUCUGCCCAGCUGCCCAGCUUCAGGCAUGCUCUUGUGGUGUUUGGGGGCCUCCAAGGGCUAGAAGCUGGAGUAGAUGCUGACCCCAACCUUGAAGUGGCUGAACCCAGUGUCCUCUUCGACUUUUAUGUCAACACGUGUCCUAGCCAGGGCAGCCGUACCAUCCGCACUGAGGAAGCCAUACUCAUCUCCCUGGCUGCUCUGCAGCCUGGUCUCACCCAGGCGGGUUCCCAGACCACCUGACAGCGUUGUGCAUCCAGGAUGUAGAGGAAGCAGCAGGAAAUGGAGGGUCAUCAGGAAUAGCGAUUGUCAAGACUUAUCCAAAAAUAACCACCUUUAAUAGCCAGCUCCAUCUCCCCAUUGUCUACAGCCCUUUACCGUCACUUGCUGCCAGCAGUGAUGGCCUUGAGGUUUCCAGCUCUAGCCAGAAUAUUGGGCACAAAGAGCAAUCCCGAGGCCCGCUCGAUGCUCUCGAUGGGCACCAGGAAGCGCUCCAAGGGAAUAGUCUCAUCCACAGGGGCGUUGGGCAUCACGUAGGAACGAAGCUCGAUCUGCCCACUGGCGGCCUCCAGGAUCAGCACCUUGAAGAAGUGUGUGGGCACUGCCACGUGGUUCUUCCCAAUCACCUCGUACUUCACAUAGGACUUCCCAUCAGCCUCAGUCCUGUGGACAGAUUCAGGCACAUGCGGCCGGGAGGCCUGUUUAGAUUUGAGGCUUCCUCUUCCAGGAAGCCUUCCCUGAUCUAAAUUCCAACAAGAAGUUUGUGUGCUGUGCCUGGUUGCCUCUGUUGGGUCUGGGAACUAUCAGACGGGACCAACACUUAGCCCUCUGCUUUUCUGCCCUAUUCUGGCUCAGACAGAAUGGGUGGCAAUAAACGCUGCUAGAAGAA